GUGCGCUGACGUCACUUCCGGUCAUCGAGUGGGCGGGGCGGGACGGCCGCCGCGUCGCGUAGCGUAGCGACGCCCCCGCUCGGAGGCCGCGAGUCCCGGCGGCGGCGAAACCGGGCGAGAGGAGCGGAGGGGGUGAGCGAGCGAGCAUGGGCAGGCCAGCGCUGCUGCCCACAGACAGACGGAUGGCGGCCACCCCAGCCCUGAGCAGUGCCCCGGCCCGCGGUGGACUGUGGGCAGCAGCUGUGCCGAGGGCCAGCUGAGGACAGGGCCUCUUCAGGCCAUCGUUGUUCCCGGCCUCUGUCCGAUUUGGAUCCUCCCUCGCUCCGGGCGCGGCUGCCUCUCGCCUCGCUGCCGUCAUGAAUGGGCUGUCGAUCAGCCAACUCUGCUGCCUCUUCUGCUGCCCUCCUUGCCCCAGCCGCAUCGCUGCCAAACUGGCCUUCCUGCCUCCGGAGCCCACCUACGCCAUGGUCCCCGAGCCGGAGCCCGUUGGCAGCACCAGCACCGGCUCCCUGCGCGGCGGUGCCGCGGGGCGGUGGAAACUGCACUUGAAGGACCGGGCAGAUUUUCAGUACUCCCAGCGGGAACUGGACAACAUCGAGGUGUUCGUCACCAAAAGCAGCCGAGGGAACCGUGUUGGCUGCAUGUAUGUCCGCUGCGUGCCGGGUGCCAGGUACACGGUGCUCUUCUCACACGGCAACGCUGUGGACCUGGGGCAGAUGAGCAGCUUCUACAUCGGGCUGGGCACCCGCAUCAACUGCAACAUCUUCUCCUACGACUACUCGGGCUAUGGUGUGAGCACAGGCAAACCCUCGGAGAGGAACCUCUACUCUGACAUCGACGCUGCGUGGCAGGCGCUGCGGACGCGGUAUGGGAUCAGCCCGGAGAACAUUAUUUUGUAUGGCCAAAGCAUCGGCACAGUGCCCACGGUUGAUCUGGCCUCCCGCUACGAGUGCGCUGCCAUCGUGCUCCACUCCCCACUUACCUCUGGCAUGAGAGUUGCCUUCCCCGAGACCAAGAAGACCUACUGGUUCGACGCCUUCCCCAACAUUGAGAAGAUCUCCAAAAUCACCUCUCCCGUCCUCAUCAUCCAUGGCACCGAGGAUGAAGUCAUUGACUUCUCCCACGGCCUUGCGCUCUUUGAACGCUGCCCCAAGGCUGUGGAGCCGCUGUGGGUGGACGGGGCCGGGCACAAUGACAUUGAACUCUACAGCCAGUACCUCGAGCGCCUUCGGAAAUUCAUCUCCCAGGAGCUGCCCAGCCAACGCAACUAGCAGCCGGGUGGUGGGACGGGCAUGGGGGUUCUACCUGUUUCUCCAGUUCUCCCAGUGCCCUUCCCCAGUCAUUGCUGCUAGAGGUGCAAUGAGUUUGUACAGCCUCAGCUCUGGGCUCGGGAGAGCGCAGGAGGCCCUUGAAUGAACGGUGCGUUAUUUCCUGGACAUGAGCACAACUCGCCCUCUUCUCUGCUGAGAUGGUGAGAUGUGGCAGCUCCUCCUUCCCCAGAAAGAAGACAGCCCACCCUCUUCAUGGCGAGUCCUUAGCUUUGGACAUGUCCUUCUCAAACAGCGAACUCCUCUUGAAUUCCUCCUGGCCGCUCUGCUGCUCGGACUGUAGCAAUAAGGCAGGUUGGAGAGGGGCUGGGGGUCCAGCCCCCUCCCCAGUGUCCCUGUGGGGUGGGAUGGAGGUGACAGUUUGUGCUCUUGAAGGAGCCUUCCUGGGAUCAGCACUGGUGGCGGUGGAUACCUGGAGUUUGCCCCGUGGCUGGGGCAGAGCCGUGUCCACGAGGGGAAUUUGGGGAUGCAUGGAGGGGUUCCCCCUGCCCCACAGCCCCUCCAGCCUGGGCUGGCUCGGAGUGCUCCCCGUGUUCAGGUCACCCCUGGAAAACCUUCUCCGCCUCGCUUGCUCACAGCGCGCUCGGGAAGCGGGGCGAGGAGACCAGGCACCGAAUAAAGAGCAGAGGUUUAACGUUUCACCCGU